CCUGUGCCUGUUCCUGGGGGUGGGGUUGCUAUACACAUUUCUCCAGGGUCUCUCGGACCCCUGGAAUUGGCAAGACUGUGAGAGGGAGUCAUGCCGGGUGGGGUGAGCUCUUGUGAUUAAUGCAGCGGUUUGACUGCAGGAGGCUUUUCAGCCUUAUGGGGGCGGGGAAGAAGGGGCGCAUCGCUGCGGGAGACUUAACUGUGUUUUCCUUGGGCUGCUCAGACAGAGGGAAAAGCUGCUGAAGACUGCAGAAGUGGAGCAGGUUGGGCUGUGAGUGUGGCACCUGAUGGAGGAACUUGGGGGAGGGAGGCAGAACCAUGGCCCUGGACCUUCUGGGCCUGGUCAGAGGUCUAGUAGGGGAAGUAGGGAGGUUGCUCAGUGACCAGGCUCAGCUUGGCCAAGGGGACUUUGCAAAUGCCAGCACAGCUGUCUGGGGAGGGAUUGUGGGUGGAAGCAUGGCAAUGGGUCCUUGCUCCAGGGUACCAGUUCCACCCUGGCCUGAAGGUGGGGGGAAGAGAGGUUGUCUCUGAGACCACCCUGCAGGUAAAUUGACUCAGACUGGAAGAGUGGAGAAGACCUGCAGGGAGAUUUGAGGGGAACCCUGAACAAGCUUCUCUGAUGCAGGGGUGAGUGAAGUGGGUCCCAAUGCCCUACAAGGCAUGGGAGUGGUGGCAAGACACUGUGCCCUAUAGGAGCAGAGACCCUUUGAGAAUGGAUGGAUUUGUGGAGGCUGAGGUAGGGACUGGUGAUUGUAUCUGGAAGCGCCCAUGACAGAGCUGGUGUCCUCCAGGGGAGGGUCUCCUACGGGGGACGGGGAGGAGAGUUUAGGAGACGAUCAAGGUCUGGUUAUUCACCACCCGGCGGAGGAACAGUCCCACCGCUGCCCACUGUGCGGCCAGACCUUCUCCCAGCAGCCCAGCCUGGUGCGGCACCAGAAGGCACACGUGGGGGCCGGUCGCACCGCCGCCUUUGUGUGUCCCGAGUGCGGCAAGGCCUUCAGCGUCAAACACAACCUGGAGGUGCACCAACGCACACACACCGGAGAGAGGCCCUUCCCUUGCCCCGAGUGCGGCCGCUGCUUCAGCCUCAAGCAGAACCUGCUCACGCACCAGCGCAUCCACAGCGGCGAAAAGCCGCACCAGUGUGCCCAGUGUGGUCGCUGCUUCCGUGAGCCACGCUUUCUGCUCAACCACCAGCGCACCCACGCGCGUAUGCCGACGCCGCACCCGCGCCGUCCAGGUGUCUUCGGGGAGCGGCGGCCCUACUUCUGCCCUCGCUGCGGCAAGAGCUUCGCGCGUGAGGGCUCGCUCAAGGCCCACCAGCGCAGCCAUGGCCAUGGGCCUGAGAGCCAGGCGGCCCAUUUAGGCCGCGUGCUAUGACCUAUGGAAGGCCUGCCACCAUCAACUGCCUCCAAUUCAGGAGUCACAACCAAGGGUGCUGGGUUGCCCCCUCUCUGGAUGGGCUUAUGGGAGAGAGGCAGGGCCAGCCUGCUUGGGGUGUUGAAAGGGCUUGAGCCAUCUGCUUUCCUUCCUCUCCCUGGACCCUUUGGCUGGCUGCAUGAAUCUGCUUUGGCACCUGGUUUGCCUCCUCAGGCUCCUAGAGCAGCACGUCAGACUUGAAAACGACUCGGAGAGGACCACUUUCCACAGUCUCCCGGCCAAAGCUCAGUCCCCAAAGCCUCAGUCUCCUGUAACCACUGGCCUUGAGAAGCCAUUUCACUCCAUGUCUCAAUUGCUUACCUACACAAUGGUCAGGACCUCAUGGCCCAGGACAUGCAGGGCAUAUCUGUGCAUGGAGACCAAAAACGAAGUCCCAUGGGGUCCUGGGGUCCUUGCAUCCUGGCAUGAGAAUGUGUCUCCUCAGAAGACUUACCUCUGGAGGUGCCCUGUGUUGGUAAAGCUGGCAAGUAGAGACUGGGUCCAGGCCUAGGUGGAAAACUUACAGCUGGGCAAGCCUCCUUUUGGCUUCCUGACCCUAGACUUCAACUCAGGUGUGGAGACAGCGCCUGUGUGGAGAGCUGGCUUUCUCUCUUCCAGCCCGGCCCACCACUUGGUUGAAGGGCAGAGAUAAGAAGCGACCGGUCUGAGUUAUCACAGCAAGUUGAUGGCAGGCUUGGCUUGAGAGACAAAACUUCCCUCAAGAUGUGAGCCGCACCCAAAGGCUCCUGUGCCCUUUCUGAACUAGAAUGGUUAAGACUUCGGGGACAUGUGACCCUUUAAAUUCUGAUGGAGGCUGUGGCCCUUCUAGGAGAAUUCACAUACUCAUGUAGGUCUCACAAUGCCAGGGAGUCUCAGGAGCCUCGCGACUCCAGACUGAAGACCUCAACCCUGGGCAUUCAUCUGCCAUCCUUUCCUUACUCCAGACAGGUGUGUCUCUCCUCCUGGUCUCUUCUUGUUUGGGAAUAAAGACUUCUGAGGCUGAGCCCCUUUUAGUCUGUCCAUCCCGUCCCCCCAAUCUAGCAAUACAUCUGGUUUCUAGAACCCGAUCUCCCUCCCCCAGCAUUGCCCAAGGCUCCUGGGCUUGUCUGCCUUCUCCCCUUCUGUGACUGACACACUGUGGGAUUUUACAAUGGAGCCUUGUAAGGCUAGAAGGCCUGGCUUGGCCUUGGCUCUGAUUUCACUGUGGAGUCUCAAGGGGAGGCUGGACUGCUGAAGGGUUGGUGAAUCAUUUGCUCUGUGUCUGCCCCAAGGAGUAGGGAUCCUGUUUCCUUUAGCCACAUGCAAUCGAUCAGGCCUCUUGGCUGGCCAGGUGUCUGGGAAUGCGAGGGGAGAAAGCACCAGAAGCCCUGGGUAUAGGCAGAGGGAGAAACUUGUGGAGGAGUUGUGUGUGUCCCAUAAGUAAGCAGGGGUACAGGUAGGGGGUGUGGGUCUUGGGUCACUGUUGGUCAAGGACUCCUGUCUUCGCAUGUGAGCAAGUCAACUGGGUCAGGGCACAGAUGUUUCUCUUCCCCAGAAUGAACCACUCAUUAGGAAAGGAGGGGCUCCCUUUCCUGUACUAGGACUUGCUAGAAACCUGUGGAUUUCUAACCUGGGGUCUUACUGCCUGCAUCUCCCAUGCACAUUCUUAAUGAACCCCUAUGCCUUAUUCUGGGGUCACUGAGUGCAGGGGAGGCAGUCUCCACACCCCAGGAGCUUCCACGCACCUCUUUUCCUUGGCUAAUCUAGAGGAGAUCUCACCAUGCCCCUCAGCUUGUCUCUUCCCUGCUGUAACUCUGUCAUGCCUUCCCCUGUUUUGUUUUGAAACCUUCAUCUCCCCCUCCCCGCCAGAUUCCCCCCCUCCUUAUUCGCCAGGGCUGAGCCUCCCAGCCCUCCUGGCCUUUGCUCUCUCUGUACCACACUUGUGUUAACACGCGGCGUCUCCCUUGUGUACUGUGAUGUGUAGUCUUGUGCUCACUGUUUCUGUGUCGUAUGUAUGUGUGCUGUUUGUACACAUGUGCACCUCGAACCCCCAACUAAACUGUGAGCUCCCUGAGGGCAAGGGGCUGUCAUUUCUUCUUCAGAUCCAGGUGGGUCUAGCACAGGGCUGGGCUCCUAACUCAGGAAAACACUUGUCAAUGGGCUGAUGAAAUUAAUGUUGGAGGCUGGGGUGGUAGUGGGAGGGGAGAAAGGGUGGAGCACACAUGUAGCUAGCAGUGCAUUGGGUUGAGUGGUGGGCUGGCUCCUUGGAUCAAUAACAGAUGCUCGAGAGCCUCAGGGUAGAAGCAGAAGGGACACCCUGCCCCUCAACACGCACCAUGCAUACACAGGAGUGCACUUGAAUGGAUGUUCACAUUGGAUGUUCCUGAGGUUCCUGACAUCUGUUGGAGCUGACUCAAAUAAAAGUUCUCU